UGUGAAGUUGCCAGAUAUCUCUCUCAGUUGCAGCACAGUGGACUACAGAUAAAGUGUGUGUGCGUGUGUUUAGUCCAGACGACACCAGAAUAACUCUCCAGUGCACAACUCUCUGCUCUAAAUUGGAUUUUGGAUUUUAUGAACAACAUGACAUUUGAGGAACUAAGUGGGGACUAUUCUCAAGAAAGAAUGGAUUCAGUGGCGAAAGCUUUGGAAGAAGUCCUCACCUCUGCGUUGCCACAGGGCAGCAUUACUAUCGGAGUCUACGAGGCUGCCAAAUCACUCAAUGUGGACCCUGACAAUGUGGUCUUGUGCAUCCUGGCCACUGAUGACGAAGAUGUGAAAGAUGUGGCCCUGCAGAUCCACUUCACCCUCAUUCAAGCGUUCUGUUGUGAGAAUGAUAUCAACAUCCUGAGAGUGAACAACACCCAGCGCCUGGCAGAAAUACUGGGUGGAGGAGGAAAGCAGAGUGGGGGUGAACCGAUGGACCUGCACUGUGUCCUGGUCACUAGCCCACAUUCGACAUCAUGGAAGGACCCUGCUUUGAGCAAAGUGAACCGGUUCUGCAGAGAGAGCCGCUGUAUGGACCAGUGGGUACCCAUCAUCAACCUGCCCGAACGCUGAACUUUUAGCUGCAAAAAAACCCUGUGAAAGGACUUGUAUUCGCAAAGUAACAGCGGUGUGAACCCCGAUGGACACUUGACCACCCAGAGAUCAAAAUUCCAAAGCACUGCUGAUGGGGAAAGAAUAUUCGGAGGAAAAAAGAAGACCCCGCUGUCUACCUGGGAUCUAUUUAAAGAACGGGGGGGGGAAGAGCUGUGGAAUGGAUUUCCACUUUGGACAGGACCGUUUGUCGUUGCAGCCGAGAUGAGAUGGCGAGGCGCUUGUAUCGUCACGAGGUGGAAACUUAAACAAAGCAUGUGAAGCCGAACUCUGUACAGAAGGAUUAUAUCAUGUUUGCUUGGUAAAGCCUCUGUGAGGAGUCGGAGAAGUGGGGAGAAACCAGUCAUUGGAGCUGUUGAGUGGACCAAAGCCUCAGCCUCUCUCUGCAGAAACAAGGCACUUGUUGAAACACUGGACCUUUUGCAAUUUCACUUAUUUGAUUCAAAUUGUUAUUGUUGACGUUGCUACUGUCAAAAUUUAAAAAGGGAAGGCCUCCAUAUCCAGUGAAGACAUUCUGUGUAUUUAGUGUUUUCUAUGCCAGCUGGGUUUUUUUGCCACAAGUAAAAUUAUUAUUUUGUUACAAUUUAAGUUAUUUCUAAUGAUAUUUAAGUGUAUUUAUGUUUCUAUCUUUUUUUUUUUUUUUUACCUUAAAUAUUUGCAAAAUCUGAAUACAUAUGUGUUGCUGUCAAUAAAAAAAGUAUUUUUUUGGAAGCCAGAACUGCAUGUUUCCUUUUUUUUUCCCCUUUCUGGAAAUGUUAGCAAAGCCGAGCUGAAUUCUGACCUCUUUGGCAGUUGCAGUUGUAAAGAGGAGUCACGUGCGGAUCACAGGGGUCAUGUUGGCCUCUGUGGCCUCAGUGCCAUCUCUGAGCUGAAGAGAACAAUAAUCCUCAGCACUCUCUCUCUCUCUGCACGGGCUUCUGCCUCGGUCAGCAGGACCAUGUUCAUUCAUCGACACUGGUUCGCUUUUCACCAAUUCUCAGUGAUUUGUUGGACAGUUUUAGUUUGCAUUUUCACCAGCUGACUUCCUCGAAAAGAGCAUGUGACACAUGCUGCACAGUUAGAGGGAAUAUGAACACAUAAUACACACAUUUCAAACUGUAUGUUGCAGUACACUGAAGAGUUACAUGUCUACCAUUGAGACAGAAGUAACAUCAAGUGUUUUCAUGCUAUUUGAACCACUGGCUGCCUCUGCCCUCGGGACAGGAAUAUGUCGUGUAGCUGACUGCAGAGCACAUGACUGGAGCUACUUGGAACAUUUUGUAAAGGAGGCAUUGGCAUGCGAUCUGUUGUGCAACCUCGUCUGAACUGCACUACUCCGCUCCUUUUCCGACUGCUUUACACACACACACACACGCACACACACACAGGUGAUCUCUCCCUCAUUCUCAGUUGAAUGUUGGUGAUGUCACUGGGCGGUUGCAAGGCAGGCAAUC